UCGUUACACACAUUUGCCUCGGAAGCAGAGUAGAGACGCCGUUGCGUUUAAAGACGGGUCUCUUCUCUGGCCCUCGUCGCCUCUUCGAUUCCGUCGUCCGUCGUCCGUCGUCGUUGAUCUGAUGGUGGAUCGCACCACCACCUUCUUCUUCCUCACUCCUCACUAAUCGUACCUCCGCCGUACCAGAUCCCUUCCCCCACCUCCCCUCUCCCCCUCUCUCUCUGAAAUCCGCCUUCUCCUCUCUGCUUAUCCUUCUCUCUCUCUUCUCUCUGUGAAUCCGCCGUCUGCGGAGGCGCGGUGCGGGGAGGCGUUCGUGCCAUGGCGGUUGCAGCGGCGGCUGUCGUCGUCCCCCUGGGCAUCCUCUUCUUCAUCUCCGGCCUCGUCGUCAACCUCGUCCAGGCAGUGUGCUUUGUCCUCGUUAGGCCGCUGUCCAAGAGCACGUAUAGAAGAAUAAACAGAGUGGUGGCCGAGCUGUUGUGGCUCGAGCUCAUAUGGCUAGUGGACUGGUGGGCAGGAGUUAAGAUCCAGGUAUUCACUGAUCGGGAAACCUUUCACUUAAUGGGCAAAGAACACGCGCUUGUCAUAUCAAAUCACAAAAGCGAUAUUGAUUGGCUGGUUGGAUGGGUCUUGGCUCAGCGAUCAGGUUGCCUUGGCAGCACAUUAGCUGUGAUGAAGAAAUCAUCAAAGUUUCUUCCGGUACUAGGUUGGUCAAUGUGGUUUUCCGAGUAUCUUUUCCUUGAAAGGAGCUGGGCAAAGGAUGAAAGCACCUUAAAGUCAGGUCUGCUAAGGCUAAAGGACUACCCUCUGCCCUUUUGGUUGGCACUUUUUGUUGAAGGAACUCGCUUUACUCAGGCAAAGCUUUUGGCAGCUCAGGAGUAUGCAAAUUCAACAGGACUUCCUGUACCACGAAACACUUUGAUUCCCCGUACCAAGGGUUUUGUUUCUGCAGUGAGUCACAUGCGUUCAUUUGUUCCAGCCAUUUAUGAUGUCACAGUGGCCAUUCCUAAAACUUCGCCUGCACCUACAAUUCUAAGACUUUUCAAGGGGCAGUCAUCGGUGAUCCAUGUGCAUCUCAAGAGGCAUUUGAUGAAGGAAUUGCCUGAAACAGAUGAUGCAGUUGCACACUGGUGCAGAGAUAGAUUUGUGGCUAAGGACGCAUUAUUGGACAAACAUAAAGCCGCAGACAUAUUUAGUGACCGUGAAUUGCAGGAUACAGGCCGGCCAAUAAAGUCACUUGUGGUGGUCAUCUCUUGGACGUGUUUGGUUGCUUUUGGGGCUUGGCAGUUACUUCGCCGGACCUCAUUCUUAUCAUCAUGGAAGGGAAUCGCAUUUUCCUCAAUCAGUCUGGCAAUUGUUACCGUUCUCAUGCACAUAUUAAUCAAAUUCUCGCAGUCGGAGCGGUCCACACCUGCAAAGGUUGCACCUUCGAAGCCAAAGACCGAAGGAGAGGCCUCAAACAGAGUAGAAAAGAAAGAGAAAUGAUGGACAGAUACUCCCGUACUUUCAUUAGGUCGGAGGCUUUGUCGACACCUUUGUUUAUUGCUGAUACGUGUAAUUUUGUUUCUUUGGGGUUAGUUGUGUUAUUCAACUUUUACCCCAUCUCUAUAGUCCUUCCAUUUUGUAAAACGCUUGCCUGUAUGGAUGCCGAUUUAUUGUUUA